UGUGACUGUAACAGUAUAAUAUUGAAUGUCACUCCUGGGAAACUAUUUUAAAUACUUGCAUUUGAGCUUUUAAUACCUGAAUGAAACAGAAUCAGGUCAAGAAUUUUACUACGAACCAAAGGAACGCAUGUAAACAAAACAAAUAAUGGGAUCAUUUUACAAAGUUUUGCAUUUCUACCUGGCCAGAUUUUGAAAUAUACGGGUAUAAACCUAGUUAUUGAUCUUGAGCAAGUUAUCGUGUGUUGUACCGUUGUUAACGGUAUACAACAACAAAACAUGUAUAAAGUCAUGUUUAAACUCAACUCAUGCAUUCAGUAUAUAAUUAAAAAUUUGGAAAACCAAUACUAUUAAAGUUUGUGGUUGUAUAUCCGUUGGAGGUUUAAAAUAUAAUCGCAGAAAGUGAGUGGGGCUAUAAAAAGACUGUUUUACAAGUACAUCGAUCAUAAUUGUGAUUUGCACGCCGUCUUUCUACUAUGGCCUUAUAUGCCUAUUGGAAAAAAUCAGUUAUUGGAUUUUUGUUGUGUAUAUUAACUUUUGCAGUAACUAAAUGUGUGUCGCAAAAGGUGUUAGAAGUGCCAUUACUGGAAGUUGGAAACUUGUGGUAUAAGUCAUUUUCUACGAGUUCGAUUAUUUCAUUCUUUUCAACGUUUUUAGAUUUUUAUUCAAUUUAUACCUACAUUUGUCUAACGGCAGUAUGUGUUGCGAUGUAUUACCUAUACCAGUUAUUCUGUGUGCCAUUGAACAGAAUCAGGAUAUUAGGAGACAUUGGAUAUGUCACAGAAGGAAAGUUUUCAAUGAAAGACAUGGCAAAUAUUGUACAGAAAUCUCGAAUGGUCGGAGAAGUGCCACCGGUAUACCCCAACGGAUGGUUCGGUCUUACUGAAAGUUUUCAACUCAAAAAGUCAGAGACAAAAAAUAUUCAGGUUUUAGGUUUACAAUUAGCCUUAUUUCGAGACGAAUUUGGAGAAGCACAUGCAGUCGACACUUACUGUCCACAUUUAGGAGCCAAUUUUGCUGCUGGAGGCCGUGUUGUUGGAGACUGUAUAGAAUGCCCAUUCCAUGGCUGGCAAUUCCGGGGUUCAGAUGGCAAAUGUACCAAAAUUCCUUACUCAGAAAAUAUUCCAGAAAUGGCAAAAGUUAAAUCUUAUAUUACAAAAGAAAUGAAUGGUUGGAUCUAUAUAUGGCACCAUGCCGAAGAAGGAACAGAACCCUACUGGAUGCCACCAGAAAUAGAAGAAAUCCAAAGUGGCAAAUGGGCUUAUGGUGGCAGAUCUGAACAUUAUGUUAAUGCUCACAUUGAGGAAGUUCCAGAAAAUGGUGCUGAUGUUCAACAUUUAUACAAUGUCCAUACUCCAUUCAUGACAGCUGGGAUAGACCUAAGACAUAUGUGGUCCACAGUAUGGUCUUUUGCUUCCCAUGUCUGGAGUGCAAAGUGGGAAGCACAAAAAGCCCCAAAUGAACAUAUAGGAGUAUUGAAUCUCACACACAAGCUACGGAUGUUUGGCAAAACUAUCACACCAAUUAAUCUUGAUGUCCAAGCCAACCAGAUUGGUCCUGCAAUAGUAUAUUUAGAAUUAAAUUCUAUUUUUGGUAGAGGUAUAUUCACACAUUCAAUCACUCCUGUUGAACCUCUGGUACAGAAGGUUGUGCAUAAUGUGUACCUUGAUUGGAAAGUUCCAACUAUAAUAGCUAAGUGCCUUAUGGCUGCUGAAGCUAUUCAGGUUGAGAGAGAUAUAAUGAUAUGGAAUAAUAAAAGAUAUUUGAACAAACCUUUGUUUGUUAAGUCAGCUGAGGAUAGUCUGCUAAGCAAACACCGUAGAUGGUAUUCACAAUUCUACUCAGAACAUAGUCCAAGAUUAAAGUUUCAAAAGGACACAUUAGAAUGGUAGAAAAUAGUUAGAAGAAUUAAAUACUAACAAAUUUAUAUUAAGAUGUCACAAAAUGUUGUGUUACUAUUUACAUUUUCAGUUUAAUGAUGUAAAACAAACAUAAUUUUUAAAAAAUUAGAUAGAAUUGUUACUGUUAAAGAUUAUUAAGCUCAAUUGUGUAAUAUUACAAAUCAUCUUUAAUAAUGUAAAUGAAUGACUUUUUAUUUACAAUUUAAAUACAUAUUCAGUAAACAACGAUAUCAAGGCCCAGCUACAGCAAUCAAUAUUAUGUGAAGUGUAAGGCAACACUUUAUUUGAUCACUCAGACACAUUAUAUACAUGUAACAAAAGGAACGCAAUAAUUACAUAUACAUAUAUGUCAGAUGAAACUGUUCCAUAUUAUUUUUCACAAUUGUAGUGCCAGUCUAAAUAGAGAUGUUUGUUUAACAAAUAUUCUGUCUCUGGUUUAUUCAAGUAUUUUUAUAAAUUAAUUAAUGUCCAAAAUUAUUCAACUGAUUAUUAUGACUUAUAUCAAAAAGUAUAAUUCAUCCUAGACAAAUCUGAAAUAUUGACUCCUGCGUGAGUAUCAAUUACAAAAACCUUAUUAUCAGUGAGGAAAUUUGUAUAAUAGACGUGUAAAGAAUAAAACCGUGUAUAGUGUUCCUCCAGGAAGUAUAGUGUUAAAACUUCGCCAUUUAUUUCAAAUGUCACCUGUAUUUUAACUGAGAGUCUGUUGUAUUUACAGUAUUAAGUUUUUCUGAAUUCUAUAUUAUAUAUAUGUCAUGUUUCACAACAACAAAAAAUCAAUCUAUUGAAUCCCUAUGAAAUUUAUGAGCAAAUGGUCAAAACCAAUGAUUUGUACAUGUAUAGCGAGAAUCCUUGAGAAAACUUAUGUUCAGUAAAUAGAACUACUAGUAUUAUUUUAUUUUCACUAUAACUUCAAUUUUUUACCUAAGUUUGCAAUGACUGACAAACUACACAACAGUUAUCAUUUUUUUUUAAAAGUAGACAUCUAUAGAUUACUAUUACAGCACUUUAUCAAAAGCAAAAUUUUGUAGACAGUUUCCGUCAUAGUAAUGAAUUUUUACAGGCUUAAAUUGCCUUGUAUACAUAUAUUUGAAACAAAACCACCUAUAUCAAGUAAAAUUUACAUUAUUUGACGUUAAAUUAGGUAGCCACUUUGUUUUUUUACCAUUUAAAUGAAAUUAAAACAAGGAAAUGCACAUGCUGAAAACAUCUGAUUUACCUCAAUGGAAUGUAUUUCUAUGAGCCCCAUUCUAUUUAACGCAUAUCAAAUUGUUGUCAAUUUAUAGCCUUGUUGUGUAGAACUUUAUCAAAAAUGCAUAAAAAUUUUACAAAUUUUGAAUCAUGUCUCAGAAAUUUGAAGCACUUAUUUUCCAGAUUGACAAGAAAUUUAGUUUGUUUGAUUUUGAGAACCUAUGAAUCAGGUUCUAUAAAUUCUCUGGGUACAUAUACAAUUCAAGUAAUUUAACUGUCAAUGAAUAGUUAAGUCACACCAUGCACCACAUAUUGAAAAAAAAUUCAGUUGUAAAACCAUUUUUUACAAGGUUUAGAGGGUAAAUGGCAAUUAAUCGCAAUCAAACCAUGAUUGCAUGUACGAAAACUCACUAAUGUAACAAAUGAAGUUAUAAUUCUGGUAUAUAUGUUUUAGAUGUCUAAAUGUUAAUGUCAAUCAUUCAAUAUAGAACAUUUUGACAUUAAAAGCCUUUUAAUUUUUAGCUGAUAUAUAAUUAACUGGACCAAUAAUUUAAAUGAUAAUGCAAGGUUACAAUCUUAGCACUUUUAAUGACUAAGUAAUACAAUUAAUGAAUAUAUCAAAAUCAUACAUCUAGUUUUAAAACUGUGUCAAUAUAAACUAGGAAAUUGAAUAAAUUUUCUUGUGGUAUAGUUGUCAAUUUAUGUGCAUUUUAAUAAUUAUAUUUAAUAAUUUGGGGAAGUGUUACUACAGUUCAAUUUUUAUCUACCUUCAAUCAAUUAUUAAACCAUAAAAAAAGCUCUUAAAUUUACAAUUUUUUGUUUUUGUUUCCAAAUUUAUUUCCGAAACAUUAUCAAACUUUAAGGAAGCCAUUGUUUUAAUCACAGAUCAAGCUAUAGGAUAAUUUUACAAAAUUGUACACAAGGAUUAAAUAUAUAUCAAGGAAGUUAUAUUUUUCAUGUUUUCUUACACAAAACUUUGUAUAUGUAUUUUGUGAUAAAAAUGUACAAAGCAAAAGAUGCACAUCAUAGAUGUAUAAAUAAACAUAACUAUGGGUUUAUACAUUUAUGGACACAUUAACACACUUAGCAAGGGAUUUGUAUAGAAAGACUACUAUAUAAUUCAUUUGUUGUUAAACCACCAAAAUAAGGACAAUCAUUGUUAGUAUCAAGUCAACUAUCUAAUUAAUGUAUGAUAGUUGUUUGUAAGAAAUAAAUAUCCAAUGUGUCAAAUGACAGGAACUAUCUAGCUAAACCUGGAUAUAAAUUUUCAUUUUUUUGAUCCACAAAUACAGCCUUAACACAUAUUAUAAAUAAAUAAAUAAUAAUUCGGCUUUGAAAUAAACUUUUUGUGCAAUUUAUAGACUCCAAAUUGUUAUAAAACCCUAUAGAAUCUAAAUUCUGUCUAGAUGGCCUAGUAGGCCUAGUAGAUGUUUGCUUGCACUGCUGAAAAACACUUCAAAUGUUUUAAAAAGUCUUUUGCAGAACUGCCAAAACUCAUGAUUUUCUGUUUUUAAAUGAAUGGUGUUAAAUGGAACAUGGUACCUGAUUAAUUAAAACUCAAAAGACUUCUGCAAAAAUUUUCAGUUAUACUAAAUACGUUUUAAAGUACAAACUACUACGCCAACGUCUAUCAAAAUGUAACAAAAUACUUCCAUGUUUUGUAUAUUAACUAUGGUUAUGUUUUCUAUAUCAUAUGUCAACUCAAAAUAGUUAUUUACUAGUCACAUAGUUUUAGUUUUUGUAACCAUAGAUCUACAAUUUACACCAAUAUUAUGUAACCUCUAAUGCAUUAUGCUUUAGGAAGUUUUAAAACAAACCAAUAAAGACCUUCACACUAAAAGACAAUCAGUUCAAUACUUGACUGUAGAAAUGUAGGAUCAAAUUGUUUUGAAAUGCUUCAGUUUUUGCUAUGUCAUGCUUGCAAAAAUCAUAUAUAACAAUACACUGUUUAAUAAAAAAAUUACUGCAUAGUAAAAUGAUGUAAUAUUUUUUUGUUUAUUUCAAAAUGACCUUUGUAGUACAUAAGAAUAAAUGAAGUGCAUAAUAAGUGUGUUUGUCUGAGUGAAAGUAUAAAGAGUAUAGAAGCUUUAAUGUUUUAGGUUAGUAUUGGUCAUGUAGUUUAAAGUUCGUGUCCCACUGUAAUGGCAGCCAUUUUAGUAGGUCCUUGAUAACAAAAUAACAUUGUUAUGACAUUAAGAUUCAGCUGAAUAUUUAUAUCUCCUUUCAGUCCAAAAUUAGUCUAUAAUUUCUGGCCACCUUGGUACCUCCAUUAUCCCCAAAGUAUCAACACCAGUAGCAACCCCAAGAGAUACACAAGUGCUACACAAGUGCUAAAUAUAAGUCUCCAUUAUUUAAUCAAUCUUGAGAACAUUGUUGUAUGUAUUUCUGAUUGUUUCUUGGUAAAUGCCUAUGCUAAAAAACAUAUUUGGAUGCUGAAUUGGCACCAAAGUAGUAACUUGUGGUUAGAAUCUUAUGAAUUUCAUUUCUAUUUACUUUGUUUUCAUGUUGUUCAAAGAAGGAGUUUUCUAAUUCUAUUUGAACUGUAAGUAGUUAGUAAAACUGUUGCACUUACUUUGUUUUCUGAUGUCUUUUGAUUUGAUUUUAUUAUGAUUUUUAAUGAUUAAAAAAUCCAUUUAGAAAAACUGUGAUUGAUCUUGAAGAAUGUUUAUUUAAAAAGAAAUGAUUGUUAUUGUACAAAAAAUAUAUACUAUUUGUACUUAUUAAAUACAUAUAUUUUUCAAGAAAACAGUAAAUUAAUUUUAUGAGUAGAAAUUGUGA